UUCGUGGAAUAAACAGAUAGGUGACCUUUCCCUUAAUUUUUUAAUUUUUGUUUUUAAAUGAAUGAAAAUGUUUUCGUUGUAUUUUUUUUGCUCUAAAGGCUUUCCGACAAACCUGGUCCUGAUGAUUCAUGGUCUACAUCAUCUAGCCAAGUCUUAGAUUUUGUUACCAAGGAAGGAACAUCAAAGUCAGCAAUGGAAGCAAAGGAAGAUGGUGUUGGUAUUAUUGAAAAUGUGCCACCAGAGCAAACAGUUAAUGGCAGUUUGACUUCUGCUGGUGCAGUGCAUAAAAAUGACAGAAGUGAUAUGAUGCUAGCAUUAGAACUAGGAGAAGAGGAAGAUGUAGAAUCACCUUCUCUUCCUGAGUAUCAAGUUCCAUUAAAGGUUGAAGAAAAAAAGCAGCACAGAGGAAGUGACAUGGAAGUAUCAGAAAACAUACAUGAUGCUGCAGCUGCUGGAUUAAUUCCACAAAGACAGAAUGGAAAAACUGAUAACCAUCAAUUGCCUAUUACAGAAAAUAAAGAUUCUGAUAGGUAAGCCUAUAGCAAUAU